AAAACAUUAAUGUAGCGUAGCAAUUAGGCGAAUCAAUCCUCAAAUAACCCCUUUACCUAUAACCCCUUUACCUAUAGUAAUCAAUCAAUCAUUACAUCACUCAUUCUCCCUUCUCAAAAACCCUUUCUUUCUCCGACCACUCUGAAGAUCACCAAUGGAGUUCACCCUACAACAGCUCAAAAACUACGAUGGCUCUGACCCAUCAAAGCCCAUUUACGUAGCAAUCAAGGGCCGGGUUUUUGAUGUCUCAACUGGUAAGAAUUUUUAUGGGCCUGGUGGUGCAUAUGCCAUCUUUGCAGGUAAAGAUGCUAGUAGAGCUCUUGCUAAAAUGAGCAAGAAUGAAGAAGAUGUUGUUUCUUCCAUUGAUGGGCUUUCUGAAAAAGAGCUUGAGGUUCUUGCUGAUUGGGAGAAGAAAUUUGAAGCUAAGUACCCUGUUGUUGGCCGUGUUGUUUGAGAAUAAUAGUGAAAUAGUAUUUUUAUUAUGUAUUGUUCUUUCAGUAUAUGGAUAAAAUGUUGUGAAUCUCUUGUUGUUUGUUCAAAUUUUCUGUCUUUAAUGUUGGAAAUUUGAGUAAUUGAGUUAUUGAUGGAUAUAUGAUAAUUGUAAGGAUGAUAAGCUCUAAAAUAAUAACUUUGUCAA